AUGGCGGCGAGAGCAAGAGCGGUGGCAGCCAUGUCCAGCAGCAGCAGCGUCCUCCUGGCCGCGGCGGUGGCACUGACACUGCUGGUGUCGUCGGCGUCGGCGCAGUCCGGUUGCACGACGGCGCUGGUCGGCCUGUACCCGUGCAUGAACUACAUCAGCGGCAACGACACAGCGCCGACCAAGUCCUGCUGCUCGCUGCUUGGCUCGGUGGUGCAGUCCCAGCCGCAGUGCCUCUGCAGCGCGCUCGGCGGCGACUCGUCGUCGCUCGGCGGCAUGACCAUCAACAAGACGCGCGCGCUCGAGCUCCCCAAGGCGUGCAACGUGCAGACCCCGCCGGCGAGCAAGUGCAACGGCGGUGGCAGUGCUCCUGGCGCCGCCACGCCGACGUGCAGACACCGGCAAGCUCUGGAUCCAAGACGACCCCGUCGGCGUACCUGCAGGAGAACGGCGGCUCGUCGCUCCAGGGCACGGUGGGCCUGGUGUUCGCGCUCGCGGCUGCUGCGUUCUACGCCGUGUCGGCCGUGUAGUGACUGCAUAGUGAGCAUCUCGGCCGCUGGACUGAAGCGCUAG